GGAUAUAUUGCCGUCAAAAGACCUCCAAGCUAGAGAACCGAAAACUCUGUGCUAGGGUUUUGCGAAAUUUCCGAUCUAGUUAAGCGAUUAGGUUGUGUGGAAAUUAUUUUUUGUUAAUUGAAAGAUGGCUCGGGCCUUGAAGUACACCUUUAGCGAUUAUGCGAGGAACGCAGUGAGUAGAGAGGCCUUGCUCGAACCGACUAAGCUCCAGAGAGAGGAUAAAAAUGGCAAGAGUCAGAGGAAGAAAGAGAGAAGGGAGAUAAAGGGACAAGGGCGUAAAGAGAAGGAUGAGUCCAUACCUGGUUAUGUUACUCUUCACAACGUGAAAAGCCUUGAUGACAAAAAGUGUUUCCAGCAAAAGAAGGGUAAAAAAGGGGAAGCAAAGGGAUGGUGUCCUCGGAAAAUUGAACAUGAAGUUGAUCAACUGGAGAGAAGUGACAUUACGAACGAACAUGGGCUGCCAACCUGUAUAGAGAACACUUCCUACUUGUCUGAUGGAACCCAAAGCAGCAAGAAAAGCAAGCCUUUGAUUGUUCGCAUUAAAUUGUUUAAGCACAGUGAACCAGAUGCCUCACUUGCCUGCUCUCCUUCGGGAAGGGUAGAUUUGCUUCCUCCAGAGAGAACGGAAGUUGUUCUUGCACCCAGUCAACCCAGUGCAGAGACAAAUGUACAACUCGGGCGGGUCUCUUCAAAACCUGACCAAGAUUUACCCUGUUCAACAUCAGAGGGGAUGGAAACGAUUGGUCAGAAGAGAAGUGCGAGUGCUGCAUUUGAAAAUCAGAUUCAGAGUGAAGAUUCACUGCAUGCAACUCUGAUUGAGAAUUGGAUCCCUCCCCCGAUUCAAUUUGCCGAUGUUGGUGAUGGUGAUGAAGAAUGGCUCUUUGGGACCAAGCAUCAAAACAGAUGUGGGUCGAAAAGAUUUAAAGCUUCUAACAAUGAGGUCUCUAGUUUUACAAGGAGCACGCAGUGGCCACAAGCACAGUGGUUGUUGGAGGCUGGCGUAUAUGCAUUAUCCUUCACGGUUCCAUUAUAGUUUCUCGUCCAUUUCUUGUUGGACCACUAGCGGCUUAUACUGUACAGUUGUAAUGAGCAUCAACCAUACUUUUAUGCAUUUGUUCAUUAAUUGAUUUUUCCGAUUAUUCUUGCAAA